CUUUGUGUCUGAGGCAAGUAGUGGCCCACAAUAGCAGGCGAGGGAGGGGCCGGGCCGCUCCCGGACUGAGGCUGACUCGGUAGCCGCUUCACUCGAAGGGAAGUCGGCGAAGGGGCAACGACGCUCGCCGGAGGCAUGUAAAGAUGGCAGAGCUACAAAUGUUGCUCGACGAGGAGAUUCCGGCCGGCAAGAGAGCCCUCGUGGAGAGUUACCAGAACUUGACCCGAGUAGCGGACUACUGUGAGAGCAAUUAUGUGCAGGCCCAGGACAAGAGGAAAGCGCUGGAGGAGACCAAAGCCUUCACCACGCAGUCCCUGGCCAGCGUGGCCUACCAGAUCAAUGCCUUGGCCAACAACGUGCUGCAGCUGCUGGACAUCCAGGCCUCGCAGCUCCGGCGCAUGGAGUCGUCCAUCAACCACAUUUCUCAGACCGUGGACAUCCACAAAGAGAAGGUGGCCCGGCGGGAGAUCGGCAUCCUGACGACCAACAAGAACACGGCGAGGACCCACAAGAUCAUCGCGCCGGCCAACAUGGAGCGCCCUGUGCGCUACAUCAGGAAGCCCAUCGACUACGCCGUUCUGGACGAUGUCGGACAUGGAGUCAAGUGGAUGAAAGCCAAGCAACACGGAAACAAUCAGUCACUCCGAGCGGGAACACUAUCGCGGACCAACCCCCCCACGCAGAAACCACCCAGUCCGCCCAUGUCAGGGCGCGGCACGCUCGGGCGCAACACAUCCUACAAAACCUUGGAGCCGGUGAAACCCCCCACGGUGCCCAACGACUACAUGACCAGCCCGGCCCGCCUGGGCAACCAGCAAGGCGCGCAGCACAGCCCGGGAUGCGCGGCCUCGCUCAACCAGAGGCAGCGCACUCACAGCGGCAGCAGCGGGGGUAGCAACAGUCGGGAGAACAGCGGCAGCAGCGGCAUCGGCAUUCCCAUCGCAGUGCCUACACCCUCCAUUCCCAACUCUGGACCAGUCCCAUUCAUGACAUCCCCCCCAGGUGCGCCUCCACCGCCGCCGCCGCCUCCUCCUCCGACCGGGCUCGGACCUCCACCUCCACCCCCUCCUCCUCCUCCCAUAGUGGUGGCUCCCGGGCCGGGUCCGGGCCCCGCCCCAAUGUCGCAGUUCGGCACCAUCUCGCGGCAGAUUUCACGGCACAACCCCGCCAACUCGUCGGUCUCCACGGUGUCGGCCACCGGCACCUACCGCCGGGCCCCGUCCGUCACCUCGCAGUUCUCCUUUCAGCAGCAGCUGCCUCACGUUAAUGGAGGCACGCCCGCUUACAGCCACAACUCAAUGUGCGUGGCGCCCCCUCCCCCUCCCCCGAUGCCCCAGCUGACGCCACAGAUCCCCCUGACUGGCUUUGUGGCCAGGAUGCAGGAGAGCAUCUCCGACGCCCCGACUCCGCCCCCGCCGCCGCCCCCGGACGACGUGGCCGUGUUCGACGAGUCCCCGCCGCCGCCGCCCCCUCCCCCGGUGGACUACGAGGAGGAGGACGCCUCGGUGGUGCACUACAACGACCCCUACGCCGACGGGGACCCCAACUGGGCACCCAAAAACUACGUGGAGAAAGUGGUCGCCAUCUACGACUACUGCAAGGACAAGGACGACGAGCUCUCCUUCAUGGAGGGCGCCAUCAUCUAUGUGGUGAAAAAGAACGACGACGGCUGGUACGAGGGCGUCAGCAGCGGCGUCACCGGACUCUUCCCCGGAAACUAUGUGGAAAGCAUCAUACACUACGCCGACUGACCCGCCGUGACGCUAACCUCGACCAUUAACCAACUAAGACAGCAGCGUGCACAAUUAGCCAACGGUAAACCCUCCGCUUAUCUGCAAUAUAGCGGAGGCGCCAACAAUAAACCGAGAUAUAGCGGAUGUCUACAGGAUUUUUUUUAAUUUUUUUUUAUAAAUAUUCUGGGCGACAUCAACAGUUGAUGUGGUGUCCAAAGAUGGGGAAUUUUUUUAUUUUUUUAAAUAUUCUGGGCGACAUCAACAGUUGAUGUGGUGUCCAAAGAUGGGGAAUUUUUUUUUUUUUUCCCCAGUCGGCGGCAUUCUCUCUGUGCUGUAAAUUGGUUUCAACUCAACACUUCCUCCAUGAGAGAAAAAAGAAAAGCAUGCCAACCGUCACAAUAUUACCUUCAGUUUAUGAUUAUUGCCAUUAUGUUGUAAAUUUAUUCACCUGUUUUUUUUGUAUUAAUGUUGAAUCACUGAACCUGUAAGAAAAUUCAGAAGAUUUCAGGGCCUCAAAAAUGACUUUCUUUUCACACAUCAGCAUCUUUGCUUCCAACUUUACUUCCGGGUUGCCCUUCGGUUUGGUUUUGUCGUGCUGCAUUUACACGGCUGGUAAAGCGUUCCACAAACAAACGAUUAAGUUAGUUGCUUAGCAAAAGGUCUUGCAAGUGUAAAACUCAGGAUGCCAACCCAGCCUUUUUAUUUGCAGGCUCGUUUUUUUAAUAUAUAUAUAUAUAUAUAUAUAUUUUUUUUUUU